AUGGGCUUCCACUCAACAUGCGCACUGUUGCUGGUUUCCUCCUUGCCGACUUUUGAGAAGUCGGUUUCUGCGAUCAGACGCCAGAGAGCUUGUCCUGGGUACCUUGAGCUAUCCAUCAGUCUGCUGCUCUAG